AUGAAAGGAAACAACCUCCGGCGACAGUACCCCACUCCCAGGCGCUGCCGGAGAACCGGGCCGACGGCUUUCUCUUUCCCUUCAUUGGCGCUCCCCUCCCGCCGCCCGCCCCUGGGCCCCGCCGCAUUUUUUGAUAAAGUGGCAUUCUAAAGGCAAUUUUAAAAUCAUGUCAAGCUCAGUUGAACAGAAAAGGGGGCCUACAAGACAGCGCAAAUGUGGCUUUUGUAAGUCAAAUAGAGACAAGGAAUGUGGACAAUUACUAGUAUCUGAAAACCAGAAGGUGGCAGCACACCAUAAAUGUAUGCUCUUUUCAUCUGCUUUGGUAUCAUCACACUCCGAUAAUGAGAGUCUUGGUGGAUUUUCUAUUGAAGAUGUCCUAAAGGAAAUAAAAAGAGGCACAAAACUGAUGUGUUCUUUGUGCCAUUGUCCUGGAGCAACAAUAGGCUGUGAUGUGAAAACAUGUCACAGGACAUAUCACUACCACUGUGCAUUGCAUGACAAAGCUCAGAUCCGAGAGAAACCUUCACAAGGAAUUUACAUGGUUUAUUGCCGAAAACACAAGAAAACUGCGUAUAACUCUGAAGCAGCUGAUUUAGAAGAAAGCUUUAAUGAGCAUGAACUGGAGCCCUCAUCGCCUAAAAAUAAAAAGAAAAGUCGCAAAGGAAGACCCAGGAAAACUCAUUUCAAAGGGCUGUCUGAAGAUACCAGGUCCACAUCCUCCCAUGGAACAGAUGAAACAGAAAGUAGUUCCUAUAGGGAGAGGUCUCCACACAGAAGCAGCCCUAGUGAUGCCAGGCCCAGAUGUGGAUUCUGUCACGUAGGUGAGGAGGAAAAUGAAGCUAGAGGAAAACUGCAUAUAUUUAAUGCCAAAAAGGCAGCUGCACAUUACAAGUGCAUGUUGUUUUCUUCAGGCACUGUGCAGCUCACAACAACAUCAAGAGCAGAAUUUGGGGAUUUUGACAUUAAAACUGUACUUCAGGAGAUUAAGCGAGGAAAAAGAAUGAAAUGUACACUUUGCAGUCAGCCCGGUGCUACUAUUGGAUGUGAAAUCAAAGCCUGUGUUAAGACUUACCAUUACCACUGUGGAGUGCAAGACAAAGCCAAGUACAUUGAAAACAUGUCCCGAGGAAUUUACAAACUGUAUUGUAAAAACCAUAGCGGAAAUGAUGAGCGGGAUGAAGAAGAUGAAGAACGGGAGAGUAAAAGUCGUGGAAAAGUAGAAAUUGAUCAGCAACAACUAACUCAGCAGCAACUUAAUGGAAACUAGGUUCAUGGGACAGAGUUAGAAAACUGGGAAUGAAUAAGACAUCCAUAACUACUAUUCUUUUUUCACUGUUUUCUAAAAUCGAAAGGGUUUGUAACUUUGUACUGCCCAACUCUCUUAGAUCCUUUACUGAACUGCCUACAAAUGUCCUGUUUGUUCUGUGAGCCUCCACUAGGUGGCAGCGUUUGACAUGUGGAUAUUACUUAGCUGUAGAGUGCAGUUUCGGGGAAGCAAGUGAAACACAAUUAACCCCAUCCAUGUACAGUGUCACCAGUUCAAGCAGACAUGGAAACGAAGUGAGCUGGCUAUAUGGACCGAACAAAGUUGUGCUGUUUAGAAGGUUUCACUUGGUUUAGUGGCCUCAUAUUCAAGGGAAAGCAUAAGCAAAUUUGACUUCACAAUGCAAACACGCCUCUGGUGGCCACACGGUAAUGUGUGAAGUGCUUGUCACACGCAAGUACUGAUGGCUAGAAAUGAAGAGAGCCUACCUUUUUCUGCGGGCUCUAAUAGUGCAUGCGAAAAAAGCCCUCCAAGCAGUGUGUUAAGGUUUUCCAUUUGAGUGCUGUUCAAACUCUCACCGACCAGCAUGGACUCUACUCUGGCCGCUCUCAGCUUCAAGCUCCUGCUUAUGCCAAACCUGCUCGACAGUACACCACUUCUUCCCAUGUUGUACAGAGAGUGCCAGGGUGGGGGCAGGGCGGGGAGGGGGAUCAUCGCAUCUUUCUAAGUGGCAACAGCAAAUUCAACCUCUGUAAGAUUUCAAGGAUUAAUACUCCCUGAGCACUGUCGUGCCCGCCCUCCUCUGUCUCCCAGUCUGAUACCCAUUCCUCUCAAGUGCCCUGUUGUGUGAAACAUUUCACGUGUUGGCCCAAAGUGUGUAAGGAGGUCUCCUGUGCUUAUGGGAGGAAACCAAACCAAACCAAACCAUCUUGGCAUAAAGCAGUAUUUAUUUUAAAUUCUAUGACCACUAUUUUGGAGCCUUUAUUUAAUAUGUUUUAAUGUUUUCGCUCCACUGCUUUGGUUAUCUACUAAAUAGGCUUCUGAUAGACCAUGGUGGUGUUUUACCAUAGAUACUUGCAAUUGUUUAUCAAAGCCUAAGAACCCAGCUUUUUAGAAAGGAUUUCCUCGCUGGCCAUUUCCAGCUCGGGAUGUUUCCUUCCACGUACCUGCUGAAGCACAUUGAGAUUUUUCUUUAUGGCAAAGCCAAAACCGGUAGUUGUGGACUGCCUGAUGGGAGCCCAGCCCUCAAGGUGGAGGAGAGAGAGACCGAUUUCUGCACUGUUAAAUAACCAGCCACAUGGAAGCAAGUUAGCAUACAAAACAGCAUCGUGCUAAUGUGACUCUAUACCAAGAUACUCUGCAGGAGAGAGAAGCGUUUGAAAAAAUGAAACAGGUAGAAAAUUACACUGUGCUUAAUGACUGACAGCGUCCUGGUGACGCAGUGGUUGAAGCACCCAAUUGCUAACCUAAAGGUCGGCGGUAUGAACCCACCAGUGACUCCACUGGGGGAUGCCGUGGCGGUCUGCGGCGUCCGUAAUGAUGGACAACUGUCGGAGGCAGUCCUACUGUGUCUUCUAGGGUCGAUAGGAGUCAGAAUUGACCCACCCGCAGUGGGUUCGGUUUGGGGAUUAAUGACUUGAGUUUUUGUGAAAAUUGUUAGUCCCUUAACCACAUCUCUGCCCUGUUGUCUGUUCACUUAUUUCCUUAAGUCCAAGCGCUCCAUGACAGCUCUUUUUUUUAAACCAUCUUUUAUUGUUACUCUUAGGAGAAGGAAACUAGCUUUAGUCGUAGAUUGCCCUCUGUUUUCUUUUUGCUCGAAAUAUGCCAUCGAGGUUUUUUAGUGUGUAUGUGAUUGUCUAAAUUCAUCAUGACUUGAAGUGCAAGACAGAUCUAGAUGUGUGUUUACCGAGCUAUGUGACUUGCCCCAAAGGAUCUGUACCUUAUUUCCAUAGGACAGCUUGAAAAAUCCUAGUUUUCAAUCUUGUCUCACUGUGUCUAGAUCUUUUAUACAUUGUGUGCCAUCGGCUUACCCACGGGAUAGCAGCGCCUUCAUUUAUGGACAACUACUGUAAUGAUGGUUUUUUGUUUGUUUGUUUGUUUGUUUUAAGGAAAAAUGUAGAAGGUGUCCGGGGUAAUAAUGGCCCGUCAAUGAUUCUAUACCAGUUUUCAAAUACUAUAGCUGUCAGUGGGUAGAUUUGUUAUAUGUAGUGAAAUAUAUGACUUUGUAGGGGUUUCUUCAACCCUUUCUCUGCCACUAGCAACCAGAAUAGCACUUUACCUUUUGGUUGGCUAGGUAAGUGGCUGGCUACCUAUUUUCUCUCACUGUGGUGUGAUCGGCUAAUAAUCUUUUGUUUAAAAAAAAAAGAUGAGAAGUCAUCUUUGGUGUAAACUUCCAAUGUUUUGUUUCUGUAUCAUUUUAUUUUUUUUAUUUUUGGUCACAUGCUGAGUAAAAGUGCCUUACAAUGUAAAAAUUGUACAGUACUUAUGUUCCCAAGUAGCAUCAUCAUCGACUGGGUAGUAAUUACAUUGUGGUAUUAAUAUUUAGAAAAAAUGUACCUCAGCAGUGUAUUUACUGUACAUCUCUUAAGUCCUUAACUGUAGUUUUAAUAAGCAUGACAUUAUUUGAUAAGUAUAUAGCAUUUACAUAAUUUCAAAAAAUACUGCCAUGACUGUCUUUUACGCAUAUUUUAGCUUGAAAUUUUAAAACGUCUUUUCUUUCUCCCUCCCCUUUUUUUGUUUAGUUGUUGUUAUUGAUAUUAAACAGUGUAAUCUUUGCAAGCGUAUAUUGAAGAUUAAUCUGGAGCAUUUACUGCCUUACCAGAAAUGUUAGUAAGAAAUGUUCUUUAGAGUAGAAGGAUAGACUUGAGUUUCUCUACUUUAAUAAAAGUGCUUUGUUCCUGGGGAAGGGGGAAGUGAAUUUUACUUUCAUCUCAAUUUAUUAGAAACCCACAACUGAAAACAAAUUUUGUUUGAUCUCCCCCCCAACCCAAAGAUGAGUGAUUUUCAUAUUAUAGAUUGUACUUCCUUGGGAGUACAUGCUACUCAAGAUAUUAAGAGAUUGCCGAGCUAUGUAGAUCUGUUGAUUCAGAAUCUGUGUACUUGAACAAACUUGUGAGAAUCUUCAAUAUCUCAAAGCAUAAUGAAAACUGUGUUAUUGCUUUUGUAGAAAGCACUCAUGUUAGACCGUGGCAUAUAAUUUUGCUGGAUGGACAUUUGGGUUCAUUGUGAAGAUAAGGAAUGCAUCAUGGGUCAAAAUCAAACAUUCCUCUCAUGUUCUGUAUAUUUGGUUCCUGUUAUAUUGGCUUUAUUUUUAGAAUUGUAGUUUGUAGUAUUAGUUUACUUUUAUUGGUAUUCUUGCAUAUACUAUUCAUUCAAUAAAUGCGUUAUGACUUUCA